AUGUCAAUCUCUGAGAAGAGGCUGCAGUGCAAGACUCCAGCGUCCUUCCAGAACCUUCUACGACACGGCUUUUCCUGGGACCAUGGACCACUCGCACCAUCACUCCGGGAUGAGCGCCAUGGGCCACCCCAGCACCCUGGCUCCUCCAUCCCAGCCUCCGGCCACCACGGGGCCCACUCCCAUGGUGGCAGUGCACACAUGAUGCCUAUGACCUUCUACUUCGGCUACAGGAACGUGGAGCUGCUGUUCUCGGGGCUGCUGAUCGACUCGGCUGAGGCCAUGGCCGUGGCUGUCGUGGCUGUGUUUCUGCUGGCCCUGGGCUAUGAGGGACUCAAGAGAGCCCGCGAGGGGCUCCGUGCCCAGUGCUCGCCUUUCCCCAGACCCAACGGCGGCCGCCCAAAGGAGACGCUUCGGCCACAGCUGCUGAGCGCCGCUCACCUCCUGCAGACGGCGAUGCACGUGCUCCAGGUGGUCCUGAGCUACCUGCUGAUGCUGAUUGCCAUGACCUACAACACCUACCUGGGCCUGGCGGUGGUGGCGGGGGCCGGCGCCGGCUACUGGCUCUUUGGCGGGAAGAAGGCGGAGAACGUGGAGUCCCGGAACCUUGAUAGGAACAAGGUCGAGCUGGAUGAGAUUGGUGGGAAGGGCCCCAAGCAGGGACAGGAGGUGCCUCCCCGCAAGGCUCCGCUCCCUGACGCCUACCCUGUGCCUCCAGAGAACCAGCAAUACUGGAUGUCUCUUCUCCGUGCUCCCUUCCCUGGGGUCUACCCUUUGCCUCCAGAUGGUGAGGAAGACAGGACUCUUCAGCCGGAAUCUCACUUCUUUGGCACCUGGGCCACUCUCUGA